AUGGGCGGCGAACCAUUCGUGCUUCCGGACCGACCGGAAGAUUCAGAGGACGACGACGACGCCCUCUCGCUCUCCGACUUCCCGCUCGCCACGGCGGCUCACCCCCGCAACGACUCCAGCCGCCCUCGCCGGUCCUCUUCCGAGCCUCCGGACUUGUUCGAGUUCCUCAUCGGCCUCGGCUCCCACAUGCGGUCCGCCGACGACCUCAUCGUCUCGGGGAAGCUCGUCCCACUCCACGAUCAGUGCCGUCGCUGCGAGUCUCUUUCCGAGCUCGAGAGGUCGUCGGUGUCUCGGUCGAGCAGCACGAGGGCGGCGGCGAAGGCGCAGCUCGCGAGGAGCAGCCGGUCCCUCGACUACCGGAGGCUCCGCCGGCCACCGAGCUCCCUGGCGCGGGAGGCGGUGGAGAGGAGGACGUCGUCGUCGUCGGCAGGCGGGAGCGGCGUCGCGAGGUCGGACUCGUUCGCGAAGAGGCCGCCGCCGCGGCCCCUGUGGCGCGUGCUGCCGUUCGUAGCGGUGAAGCUGCCGGCGGAGAUGGAGCUGCGGGACAUGAGGAGCCGGCAGCUGCGCAGGACCCCGUCGGCGCUGUUCGUUCCGCCGACGCCGGCCGACAGGGGCGGUUGGAAGGGGUCGUGGAGGCUGAUCAAGGCGCUGAGCUGCAAGGACCCGGCGAGCGUCGCGGUGGCGACGCCGCUCGCCUGCCUGCCACACGUGUGA